UUGCUUUUAUCUUUUUUAUCUCCAGCUCUUCCACAGCCUUCCCAUCCGUCUGGUACCAACGUCAACUUACUCCAACCACCUGCGGGCAUACAUUAUCUCUCUUGGGUUCACAAUCCAAGUACAUUGAAUUCUGAUGUCAACAAGCUUGUCCGUUUGGCAAAGCGUUUGCCCGAUAAGGCAAACAUUUUCUACCGGGAGUUGCAUCGUGUGAGGUCUGCCGCUUUGGCAUACGGAUGUCCCGAAUUGCUCCAGAAAAUCCAUCAAUUAAUCCUAGUCCAGUUUGAGCACCAAGCUACUGCAGCGGCCUCCUGCACCACACGACCGCCCACGCAGACAUCGAACCCAACGGGGGUACUAGGAGCAAGAAUAUCGACAGCAUCUCUCACUCCUGCAUCAAGAACAGGAGCGCGAGCUGUUGAGCCACAUCUGGACAAUUUGCGACAACUGAUGUUGAAUACCCGAUUUAACGAGUCCUGA